CUUCUAGAGUCACAGGAAGGGUAUAUUCUCAAGGAAGUACAAUUGACGUUGCUGGGUUUCGUGUGUGCGAUUUUUUCAAAUGGAUUAUAUCAUGACUAGAGAAUAAGUAAGCAAGUCGUUAGCAAAAUGUCUAGACUAUAUUUGGACAAGCUGAUCCGUCUUUAUGAACGGUACCAACAAUAUGUCACUAAGAACCCUGCCGCCACUGCGAAACUGGAAAGCACAGUUCGAACACUGUCUUACCUGAUUGCAGGGCGGUUUGCAGACUCCCAUGAGCUAUCAGAGUUAGUGUACUCUGCAUCCAACCUGUUAGUUCUACUGAAUGAUGGAAUUCUGAGAAAGGGACUAUGCCGAAAUUUGCCUAUGUCCCUAUCUCAACGACGGCUCCUGACCUGGCUGUCGGUUCUUGAGUAUGUGGAGGUCUUCACGGAGAUGGGUGCCACCAAACUCUGGGGAGAAGGGGGGCGCUGGCUGGUCAUUGUUCUCAUUCAAAUCGCCAAAGCUAUCUUACGCUUCCUGUUAAUGUUCUGGUAUAAAUCAGGAAUACAGACAUCGCCUCCCAUUAUUCCUUUGGACAGAGACUCAGACUUGUGCAAAAGAGUAGAAGAAGAAGAUGAUGAAGAGGACUUUGGGAAUGAUCAAUUCUAUGUGGGUCAGCGUACUGGGCGAGUGAUCCGGACAUUAAGUACGACUCCGCCUAUGCAUGCUCGUGUAUGGGGAGCUCCUCAGAAAGAGUGGAUGAGCUGCCAAGUGAAGGAGGAGCUGAACCCCAGGCCCACCCCUCUAGGUCUGCAGCAGAGUCUAGCAGAGACCCUGUACAUCGGACGGCCACUAGUGCACUUGCUCUGCCUGGGAGCGUGCGGCAGACGCUCAUGGAAGCCAUGGCUCAUCUCUGGAAUUCUAGAGAUAACGAGUUUUAGUUUAUUAAAUGACAUGAAGACACUGAACCGGAGGGAACGGGCAGAGCUGAGAAGAAGAGCUUUUCUCCUGCUCUAUUACUUGCUGCGCUCACCAUUCUACGACAGAUACUCAGAGACGAAGAUUUUAUUUUUGCUGAGAUUUCUGGCAGAUUAUAUUCCUGGAGUUGGUCUGAUUACACGUCCUCUGAUAGACUACCUUCCCACUUGGCAGAAGAUCUAUUUUUACAACUGGGGCUGAAGGUAGUGGAGAUGAAGGCCUGCUCACAUAUGGACUGGGAUAGCCCUAAGCAGAUUGCUGCUGAGACACACAAAGUCUCCAUCACCACACAGUACCUGUGCCAGAUCAUCGUUUGUUUCUUUCUCUAUGGACUCUCCAAUGAGUGUAGGAUGUAGGCGUUGGCUUUUUCAAAGCACCUGUGUGGGGAUGAGUGCAUAAAGCAGGCACAUUCUUUUAUGUGUUUGUUUGGUCACACAGGAUGAUGGUCCCUAACAUUUGCUUCUGAUUUAAUUAUGUUUUUUUAAACAGUUUACCAGUGCAAAAUGUGAAUGUAUUUUAUAAUUGUCCUGCAACAGAUUUAUCUACAAAACGAAUCAUAAUCACGGACAUUGGAUUAAAAUGUCUGUAUCGAUACAAAUUAAAAAUAGCUAAUUAUUAAUAAAUCUUGUCAUUUUGAAUGAACUAAUCACUCUGUUUACCCUUUCUGGCCUUAUUUUGUGGUACCUUGUUGUUCACAUCAUCUCAGUGUGAGUACUUUCACCUGGAAAGAUGGCUUUAAUUGUCAUUGCCCUGUGAAUGCAUCAAAUUAACUGAAUUCCACUGUCUUGUCUCUGUUUCUACUGUCUCCUGUGUAAAUAUGAAAUAAAUAGCCAAGCACUAAAACAGCAUCAUUAUGUAAGAAGGGAGGUUUAUCAAAAAUGAAAUAAAGAUAUGCUACUUAGGAAGUACAUUUAACUUCAGUCAGUAUUUACUCAAAGUAUACAAAAACAAAUCAAAGCACCUGUGGGGAUGAGUGCAUAAAGCAGACACAUUAUUGUAUGUGUUUGUUUGGUCACAUAGGAUGAUCGUCCCUAACAUUUGCUUCUGAUUUAAUUAUGUUUUUUUUAAACAGUUUACCAGUGCAAAAUGUGAAUGUAUUUUAUAAUUGUCCUGCAACAGAUUUAUCUACAAAACGAAUCAUAAUCACGGACAUUAGAUUAAAAUGUCUGUAUCGAUACAAAUUAAAAAAAGCUAAUUAUUAAUAAAUCUUGUAAUUUUGAAUGAACUAAUCACUCUGUUUACCCUUUCUGGCCUUAUUUUAUGGUACCUUGUUGUUCACAUCAUCUCAGUGUGAGUACUUUCACCUGGAAAGAUGGCUUUAAUUGUCAUUGCCCUGUGAAUGCAUCAAAUUAACUGAAUUCCACUGUCUUGUCUCUGUUUCUACUGUCUCCUGUGUAAAUAUGAAAUAAAUAGCCAAGCACUAAAACAGCAUCAUUAUGUAAGAUGGGAGGUUUAUGAAAAAUGAAAUAAAGACAUGCUAGGAA